AUGGUACCGCAGAACCUCUAUCUCUCUUACAAGAGGGACACAAAAUACCUGUUGUACUGGAUGAUCAACGUGUACAAUCGUCUGCUCAGAUCCACUGAUGGAGAUGCUCAAUCGGCCGCCUCUGUCAACACGACAGGUCAAACCACAGUAAAUGAAUGGGAGAAGACGAGCGCUGCGACCAGCGACGAUAGCGAGGACGUUGAACAGACCCUGUUCGCCAAUAAAUUCCAAGAAUUGAGCGUCGACAAAGCAGAGUCGACCGAUGAAGAGGACGAUGUCACUCAACCACAUUCACCAGUCGCUGCACGAAAAGUCUCACGAAAGCCAAAGGGCAAGGGCAAAAAGGCGAGAAAAUACAAGAAGCCGAAGAAGAGCAAGAAACAAGACACGAAAGAUCCUGCGACCGAUGAAAUACCUAUUGAGAGCAUCCGCAUCAUCGAAGAUAGUGGUGAGGUCGGCCUUGUCACAGACUAUCUACUCGCAGUCUACUCAACUGUCAAAGAAUGGGCCGAACUCCGUGCUUACACCCAAAAUCUCUGGAAAGAGGUCGCAUACGAAGGUCUCAACAGUGCUGUCGCUGGAGCUGUAAGCAACUUGACAAUCUAUAUGGUCAAGCGCACCAACACCGCUAUCUUUGUCGAUUUUCCGGGUCACGACACGUACGAAACCAUCAUGAACACCAUCACUAGAGGAAACAUGGAGAGGACACAGGGAAACUUCAGGCUGUCUCUCUUUGCGGUCGGUCCGGAUGGUGAACAGCACAGUCGGAAGGAGACAGCUGUGGACAUCAAGGAGCAGUUCCUUAUCCACGCCUAUCAGGACUUGAGGGACUUUGUGCUUGACUUCCAAGCCAAUCGUACAGGCAAGCCGACAAAGGCAAUGCAGGCCAAGAUUGUGAAAUGGGAUCCAAACUUCAACUUGGAGCGCGCGACGAAUGAGGAGCGAGUCCACUGGAGGCGCUGCUACACCAUAAAAUGGCUCUACGACCUUGUCAAUGUGUUCUCGUCUGUUGUGGUUCAGAGAAACACAGUCAGAGGAGAAAAGCAUGUCUACGAGGAGGUGGACUGGUCUGCCAACGGUCCUUGGGGCGUCCAUCGAACCAUCUUCGGUCUGGAAGAAUUCGCGGGUGAUAUUACGAACAUGGCUAUGAAGAAGCCUGGAACCAACAUCACCAAGAUGAUCUAUCCACAUCACGUUUUCCAGAUGCAGUGCAUCGUUGACUCAUUCACUGUUUCUCGCGGUUGGUCAUUAAGUGCUCUGCACGGUCAUAUGCUUGAAGCGCCAGCAAAGAAGGGUCGUGCCAGACGAGACGUCGACCUCUUUCUCGAUCGACAGAACAAGUGCGUCUUUGCUGGGUACUGUCAGACCGUCGAUUUGCUCAAACAGAUUCUGGAGAAGGACGGUAAGAUGGAGCAGCAUAAAGACUUUUUUGAGAUCAUCAAGAUCGCGCAGCUUGAUUUCGUCGAUUUUCUUGGAGAGCACAAGUACACGAGCGGUCUCGAUACCAUACCGCCCUCGCGCUUUGCAGACCGCAAUGCGAAUGGCUUGCAGGAGUAUUCGCCAUUCCUGUGUGGAGUUGGUCUUGAAGAAGGUCUUGAGAUCGCUUACAGACUCGGCAUGUACCUCUGGGAACGCAUCCCUGAGCCAACGCUGAUGAUCCAUCUUCACAAUGCUGUUGUACAGAAGGGUUACCUCUCUAGACCUAUCGGACUAUGCGCUACAAUAGAAGAUCUCUUCAAGCAUACGUUCUUCGCACAAGGUCGCAAGCCGGAAUCGGGCUUUGUGGAUGCUCUGCUUGCGUCUGUGGGACAGCCAGGGUCGAGACAGGCGCAGGCGCGGAGUCAGGCUAUUCGGUACAGACGCAGAUAUGCCGAUAACAUCCAUCAGCUAUUCGACUUGGAGGUCAAUCAGAUUUUCAAGCGUAACUCUAUGCUUACCACUUGUCGCCGAGCGGGUUGGAACCUCGAGGCCAUUCCUGAUGAUGAGCUUCAAUUCGGUAGCAUGCUGUUCUUCGAGCGGCUUAGUCGAGCAAAGCACGUCAGCGAAAAUGAACUCGAGAACACUGUCCUUGUUCGUAAGGCGAGAGCAGUUGGAAUGACUGAUAAGGAGAUCAUCGAAGCGACAAACAAACUCUCUUCCAUUGCGAACAAUACGCUCGAGGUACCAGAUGAGGUCUUGAACAAGUACGCCCCAGAAGGCUUUCAGCUACCUUCACAAGCUGGAUCAGAAGUCCUCGACGGCCGCGGUAUUCUCGACUUAGCGAAAUUCGACAUUCUUUCUGACGUAGCGGGAAUUGCACCAAUCUCAAGCCUCAACUAUCUCGGUGUGGCCUGCUGGCUGCUCAUCACUUUUGGGCGUAUAGAGGAGCGUCUGAAAGAAGCUGGAAAUCCUCUGUAUUUUGAGGCUUAUGAAGGGUCUGGGCCUUGGAAGCUGGAGAAGAGAGUUGCUCUCGCGUUGCUUGCGCUGAAGGGGGAUAAUGAGGAGUGUUUGAGGAUUGUUGCUGAUACGUUGAAUGACGCUCGUUCUGGAUUCAUGGAUUUCAUCUACUGGGAGGACUUGGAGACGGAGCCGAGAGAGAAGGAAGAACGUGUGGACCCUAGUGUUGGAAAUGAGUGCACUGUCAUGUGAAUGGUUCUGGGUCAGUUAAGGUUAAAGAGUGAUGAUUUGGUCUUCGUAUGCUAGACUAGAGGUUUUGGUCAUAGAAAGAAAGACAGAUCCUGGACCAAAGAAUAGCUUCCACUUAUGGAAGCACUUCAAAAUCCCA